AGUAGUUUUUAAUAUUUUUUCUAUUAGUUUUCGUCACACUGGAUUGCAAUCACUGCUAGCACUAGUUCAUCGAUAACACUUUUUUGAAAAACUUGUUCGAUGAACGGAGUUGAUUUUCGAAAACUCACUAACGCCUUUUGCUAACGACACUCGAAUAGAAUGUUGCACUUUGCUAUAAAUUGAUCAAAUAUAUAGCUGGACAUAACUAAAAAAAAGAUACUUGGUGUAGAUAACAUUAUACAUAAUGGCUAAUUUGGUAAAAAAUUGGUUUAUUUUUCGCUGCUUGUUUCUCCCUCUUUUGUUUACCAUCUUCCCUCUCUCUUGGAUUCGCGUGCCGCGUGCCGCGUCUGCGCUGCUCUUUUCAUUUUGCUUCCUUGCUCUCCCGUCGUCGCCUCCCCCGUUAAUCGUUAUCCUUUUCGUCCUGCCAUUCGGCUAUUACGUCCUUUGCUGCUCAACAGUUUCCUGCCAACGUCCCGUUACGACACAGCGUUACGUUAUCCCAAUCAGAAUCACGGGAUAGCGAAAGGAGCGACGGAACCAACCUUUAAAUAGGCUUUAAUGCAACCACCUGCAACGGUUAAUCCAAGGAUAAUCGACAAAAAGCCCCCCGCGCCCAUCGCUCCCCUCUGUUUGACUCCCUGACUUCGCUGUUUGUUUAAGUGCGACUUCAAAUUUUCGCGAGUGUUUUUGCGUCGGUUAUAUAAGUGAGAUUUCGACGAGCAACAAAAAAAAAGGCAGUCCAAAAAGGAUAUAAUUCGCCAUUAAGAAGGGCACAAAAAAGUAAAGCUGCACGCCAAAGUUUACCAAAAUCAGUAUCCUUAGAGUAUCAUAUAGAGUAAUAUUGUAAGGUCUCCAUGGCAGCGAUGUAAAGUACUCCCAUCGCCCUGGGAAACACAGCCUACACUAAUUGCAGGUCGAAAAAGAAAGUGAAUUCCAUUAAGCUGCAUUAGUAAGUGGGCGGAAAGUGUUCAGGGGGCGGUGGGUGGGUGGUGGUAGGGAAGGACUCACUUGAUUGAUUUAUUGUGUGGACCCGUCACGCAAACCCCGCACAUGUCCCGCUAUGUGUGGGUUUUCCUUUUGCAUGAUUUGAUUGAUGGAAAGCACACGUUAAGAAAAUACCAACUAUUGAAAUUGAUUGUUAAUUUCAAUAGAAUUGUCAUUCUAUCUUUUCUUCUUUUAUCAACAUUUUGUGUAACUGUAUAGACUAUGUGAGGAACCCAUUAAGUAGCAUAUUUUCGUUGUAAACGGAUGCCUAAAAUCGUUUCAAAGUUUAAAUAAGUACAAAAAGAUAAACAAAGCUGUAAGCUUUUUUGGUUUUUAGAAAAGAUUUUAUGUAUAAGUUUCAAAAUUAUUAUUUUGCACUGAAUUCAUUUUCCAUACCAAUUUUUCGCUGUGCAUGCAUGCUAAAUACAAUUAUUAGUAAUACGUAUUCCACUAGAAAGAGCAGCCUGUGGCACUGCGAUGGCGUCUACUACUAAUGCACCGUUAUCACCUGCAAUUAAGCACUAACAAAAGCACCAAGCCAUAGAAAAAAACAAUAAAGACCAGAAAUAAGCGAUAAUGCGAUACAGCCACCUCAAAAAGUAUGCUACGAAAAAUGUCCAGUGAGUUGCUAGUUACCUGAACGCAACACUAGGUGGCGCUGAGGAAAGUGAAAUCAGAGGCAAAUUCGAGAAGCGGAAGCACGGACUUAGAGCACUAUUAGGCACCCACACACACCAGCACAGCACCCACUCGUACACCUAUAGUACCCUGUAAUAAAUCGAAUAAUAAUAAAACACAAUCAUGGCCAACACAGCUCAGCUAUUGCGUCGCCAAAGCUCCCGGGAUAUAGUCCUCAAAAGCCAGAAAAGCAUCGAUCAGCUGGAAUUGAGGGAACUCCGAGGUCGCCUGGUGUCAAAGGAGCAUGGCGUCAGCCACCACCACCACACAUCGCUGCACCACCAGCCGCUCUAUGGGGCCACCAACCAGGGCUUCAUGUCCGACGCCUUCGACGAGUCCUCGGAACUGGAGCAGGAUCCGCCGCCCUUCGGAUCCGAGGCGAGCACCUCGAAGGCCAAGGCCGAGCUGGUGGCCAUUGCAACUGCCUCUGCGGAUCAGCAGGACAUCGUCGAGGGCGAGAAGGAGGGCGAGGAGCGGGAGAGCUGGGACAGCAAAAUCAUGUUCUUGCUGGCCACCAUUGGCUAUGCCGUUGGCCUGGGCAAUGUGUGGCGCUUUCCGUAUUUGGCCCAGAAGAAUGGCGGCGGCGCCUUCCUGGUGCCCUACUUCAUAAUGCUGUGCAUCCAGGGCAUACCGAUCUUCUACCUGGAACUGGCAAUUGGCCAGCGACUGCGAAAAGGAGCCAUCGGCGUUUGGAGCCAGGUGUCGCCGUAUCUAGGCGGCAUCGGCAUCUCAUCGGCGGUGGUCAGCUAUAUAGUGGCCCUGUACUAUAACACCAUAAUCGCCUGGUGCCUGAUCUAUCUGCUGCACAGUUUCGAAACGCCAUUGCCCUGGGCGGACUGUCCGACGAGGCUGUAUAAGAACUUUACCUACGAUCACGAGCCGGAGUGUGUGGCCUCCUCGCCGACGCAGUUCUACUGGUAUCGCACCACACUGCAGUGCUCGGAGAGUGUGGAUCUGCCGGAGAACUUCAAUUACCACAUGGCCAUUGCGCUGAUCGUCUCCUGGUUUUUGGUCUACAUCUGCAUGGUCCAGGGCAUCACGUCAUCCGGCAAGAUUGUCUAUAUGACGGCCAUAUUCCCCUAUGUGGUGCUCAUAAUAUUUUUUUUUCGCGGCAUCACUCUGAAGGGCGCUGCAGAUGGGGUGGCACACUUGUUUACCCCGCGAUGGGAAACCCUCUUGGAUCCAGUUGUUUGGCUGGAGGCCGGCACCCAGAUCUUCUUCUCGCUGGGCCUGGCCUUUGGCGGUCUGAUUGCCUUCAGUUCGUACAAUCCGGCGAAUAAUAAUUGUUACAGGGACGCCAUACUCGUAUCGCUCACCAAUUGUGGCACCUCCAUGUUCGCCGGGGUGGUGGUCUUCUCAGUGAUCGGGUUCAAGGCCACGGCGACCUUUGAUCGCUGCACCGAGGAGCGGAAUGGGUUGAUGGCCCAGAACAAGACUCAGAACCUGCCCGUUUGUGAUCUGCAAACGGAACUGGCCAAUAGUGCUUCAGGAACAGGAUUGGCCUUCAUCAUCUUCACGGAGGCAAUCAAUCAGUUUCCGGGCGCUCAACUCUGGGCCGUCCUAUUUUUCCUGAUGCUCUUUACCCUGGGAAUCGACUCGCAAUUCGGGACUCUGGAGGGCGUGGUCACAUCCCUGGUGGACAUGAAGCUUUUCCCCAACCUGCCCAAGGAGUACAUUGUGGGGGCCCUCUGCUUUUCCUGCUGCACGAUUUCCAUGUGCUUUGCCAACGGAGCGGGCAGCUAUAUAUUUCAGCUGAUGGACAGUUUCGCAGGCAAUUUCCCGCUGCUGAUCAUUGCGCUUUUCGAGUGCCUCUCGAUCAGCUACAUUUACGGAGUACGCCGAUUCUCGGACGACAUUGAGAUGAUGACCGGAUCGCGGCCGAACUUCUAUUGGAUGUUCUGCUGGAAGUACCUAUCGCCCUGUGCCAUGGUCACCAUCCUGCUGGCCUCCUUUUAUCAACUGCUGACCGAGGGCAGUAGUUAUCCCGCCUGGAUCGCAUCCAAGGGAGCCACUGAGAGCAUGGAGUGGCCCCACUGGUGCAUCGUCGUUGCCUUCUUCCUGAUACUCUCAUCCAUUUUGUGGAUACCGAUUGUGGCGGUGCUGCGUUUGUGCGGCAUCAAGGUGGUGGAGGACUCGGAUCCCGCCUGGUUUCCCGAGGCGGAGCUGAGGGAAGUCCACGGCAUCGUGCCACAUGAGCCAACCGAGCUGGAGCGCAGCAUUUUCUGCUUCAACAUGGAUGGUACGGAGGGCAUGUGCUGCCCAAAGUACGGACUACCCGAAAAGUCGCUGGAAGAGGAGGAGUAGAUACAGAUAGGAGUAGGAUACCAGAACGAAAGUAGACAACGACGACAAUAAAACCAGAUGAAUUCUUGAGCGAACGCAAACCGAAAUAGAUACGGAUGCAAUAUAUAAUGAAUCUCGAUGUAAAUAUGGACAAUAAGUAAGCACUCACCGAUGUUAGGCGGCGUCGAUAUCAAAACACUCCUAUAUGGUCCCAAAGACUGUUUGAAGAUAUAACGAAGAUGAAACCAUGAAGAAGAAAAUAUAUAAUGCAAAGCAACCACAACAAGGAAAAUAGGAAAAUAGCAAUACUAUGUAGGUAAAACUCGACGCUGGAUGCGCGGUUUCAUUCAAGCAGAAAGCUAUAGAAAAAGUGCAUAAAAAAGGCCGAAAUCAAUGGAAAUAUUUCCGCAUAACUUCAUUAGCAUGUGGCCAUAUAUAUACACGUAUGUAUACACAUGCGCGAUUAUUGUUUUCCAUUGCCUUUCCUCUUUGGGUUUGUUUUUCGAAAUGGGCAGAGAGAGUGAGGAGUUGUUAUAUGGCCACCCUUAUAGGGUCUACAUAUCCGAUUUCGCUAUCGAAGAGAAAACGAACCAUUUGCCACAACACACAAUUUGCUGACUAUAUACGAUAUAUAUGAUAACUAUAUGCGAUAACUACGCUGUAUUCUAGACUUAACUGUUUAAUUUGACCAUAUCAUGCGACGGGGCAGCAGGGCACCACCUAUAAGAGAUAUAUGUUUAACUAUAAAGUAACUAUACCAAACACAUUCCAUUCUCUGUUGUGAUCAGCUCGGCUUUCUGUGUUUACUCUGCUCGUGUAGGCGGAAUCACGAAAUCAUAUCACUAUCACUAUCACCAUCACAUUCGAAACUAUGCUUAAAACUUGAAAGCCACUUUAAAGUCUCAGUGUUAUAGAUAAUUGAAGGGGAGAUGGAGAUAUGUAUAUUGGACAUGCGUUAUGUUUUCCUCUAAUCGAAUGUUAUACGAAUAAAAAUACUUGUUGGUAACCGUUAUCAUCGCCGGACUCCAUUGUACUUAUGGCCUAUAGGUAUAUCUGUAGUUAUACAUUUACAUUAAAAUGAACAUUAACAAAUCGCAAACGCAACCGUUCAAAUAGGUGGAAAAGCACUCUAUAGAGAUAUACAUAUACAUAUACAUAACUGGAGAAGGCAGCUUAAGGUUUAACGACUCAUUAAAGCAUUGAUUACUAUUAUUAUACAACUUAAGAAUUAUAUAUAUAUACAUAUGUUUAUCUGUUUUGAAAUGCAACUAAUGGGUGCGUGAAUUCGUUUUAAAGCAAAGUUCUGGACACUUCUGGGCACUUUUAAAAUGGAUCAAAAACCCUUUAAAAUAAAUUCACUCCUCCAUGUGGCAAUUGAUUGCACUGUAUUAUAAGUUAUACAUUUCUAUAUGGUAUAUUUAUACAUAUACAUCGAUAUAUUAUACACAUCUAUUUAGAUCGAAAGGAACACAUAUAUUAUACAUGUAUUAAAUGUUAUUGAUGUUGACAAUAAAGGAACCCCUACGAAACGAGUUUUAAACCAAAACGAACGAGAUGAGAUAUAUGGGCAAGCUUCUACUACCCCCAAAAAAAGAAUACACCGUUUGCAAAAAUCCAAAAGAAUAGUAAUAUAUAUACGAUAAAAAAUAAAAAUCAUAUUACCGAAAGAAAAUACGAUUAUUAUUACUGAAUUAUUAUACUUAUUUUCCCAGCUCCCAAUGGGUCUUGUAAUUGUUGUAAAAUUCUCUCAUUCGCAUUGAACACAUGAAACUAUGAAAUAGAUAAUUCAGCUUGUCAUUAUCAACUUAUGUUCAAUGAAGCAACUGAUAAGUAAUAACAAAAAUUGCAACUAAAUGACAAUAAAUAAACAAA